UAGUGGUAGGUAAAGAUCAUCAUAAUAAAAAGUAACAUCCAGCAUGGCCAUACAGCAACCAAAACCUCCUCCAAAUCAGCAGCUGUAUGAGUUUCUACUGUUUGGCAGUGUGUCUGACAGUGAACUGCCCUCUUUACUGCACCGACUGAGAGGACUGGCUGACUUUGCAACCUGUGGAGGCAUAGCAUUCAUUGACAAGGAGCAAACUUAUAAAAUUGAAAUAGGUAACACUCGCUCUGUUGUUAGAGUUCGACAGUCGCUAGACAAUGCCGAGGCCCCCUUGCAACUCAUAUACACUGGGCAGCUGGACCUGGGUGAUGCUAACAGGCCGGCUGGAGUGAGGAGUUGUGUACACACUGCAUGCAGUAACAACGCCGCAGAAUGCCUCAAGGAAAUGGGAUUCAUCCGUCAGGAGAGGGAGCUGGUGUAGCGGGUGCCCAGCUGUUGUCAGAGCACUACCUGGUGGAGUUGUCAGCUGUGACCACAUCAGGGCACGACAACGUUGGCAUGGAGAUGAGGGCUUUCGCUGAGCAACUCAAACCGUAUCCUAUGGAACAAUUGUGAAUUAU